AUGGUAGAGACAGGACAAGGCGGGCCACCCCCAGAUGGAGAUAGUGACCGGGGGCCCUUGCUGUUGGGUGUCUUGUGGGCGCAGGCAGGGAUAGCGACAGUCAUUGUAUUCCUUAGACUAUAUGCUCGCUUCAUGAUACACACCACCGGCUGGGAUGAUUGGCUGAUGUUUCUGACGCUGGCGAUAUUCAUCGCGUCAAUUUUCAUUGCUACCCUCCAAGAUAGUGUCGGGGGCUACCGACAUGUGUACUAUCUGGACGAGGAUGCCGUCGUGCGAGCACUGGAGUUGAAUUUCAUCCUGCGCGGUGUUCACAUUAUAGGGUACGCUACAGGCAAAGCUUCCAUCGGCGCAUUCAUUCUGCGUUUGAUCGGACCGCAGAACAUGUGGCAGAAAUGGGUAGUCUGGGUCCUCAUUAUAUUCACGCCGCUCGUCAAUGUGUUGAAUUGUAUAUUCAACUUUGUCCAGUGCAACCCCGUGCAGGGCAACUGGGACCCAAGGGUUUCAGCCAAGUGCUGGGAAAAAAGAGCGCAGCUCAAGUUCGCUUAUUUCAUGUGCAGCGAGAAUAUCGCGGCAGACGCGGUUCUGGCCAUCAUACCGGCCACAUUUCUGUUCAGUAUGAACCUCAGCCUCAAAAAGAGAAUAAACUUGACGAUCCUCUUGGGACUCGGCUCAAUGGCUACAAUAUGUGGCAUUGUCAAGACCAUCAAGCUGAACUCCAUCCGCGAUGCCCCAGACUUCACAUGGGGCUUAUAUGCCGUCACUGUCUGGGCCUUGUCUGAAAUUUUUGUUAUCAUCACCUGUGGCAGCGUGCCGGCCUUGAAACCGCUCUGGGAUCGGUACAUCGCACGCGCCAAAGAGCGAGAGCACGAGUAG